AAUGGAUGCUUUGAGCGUGUUAAUUGCGAUAGCCUUGAUACAUUGCUCACUAUUCUUUUUUGAUAUGCUUUUUAAGUCCUGUUCACAUUUUCCAUAUCUCUACUUCCUGGAAAAUACUGGUCUGGAGAUACAGAUAUUGAGAGUAAAAUGGUUUACAACUGCUUUUAAUCGCAAAAUAAUAAAAUUGGGACUGGAUUGCUCCAGGUUUUGGAUCGCUUGGUUCAAUGCUGGUAUCAUUAUAAGCAUUAUACUCUUGCCGAUAGCUGUAAUCAUUAUUUUGAAGAUGACAUUUAACAUGUGGCUAGCUGGAUCCUCAAGCGAUACUAGCUCAGGAGCUAUAUUGGAACCUAUGUUACCAGGUGUGGAUAUUCCUUUCAACGAAAUUGGCUAUUAUGUAAUAACACUAGCAAUAUGUAGUAUAUUUCAUGAAUUAGGACAUGCCCUUGCUGCGGCAAGAGAGGAUGUGCAGUUGUUUGGUUUAGGAAUUGUGAUUGUUUUCACCAUUCCAAUAGCUUACGUACAUAUAAGCAAUGAACAAUUGGUCGCAUUGCCAUUAAGAAAUCAGCUACGUAUUGCAUGUGCAGGAAUUUGGCAUAAUAUCAUUCUUGCUACAAUAGUUGCAGCAAUUCUUGUUUUUUCUACGUGGCUAUGGGCACCACUUUAUAAUAUUGGCUCUGGGGUUUAUGUAAAAACUAUUUUACCUAAUUCACCUGUAUUAGGACCAACUGGUCUUUUGGAAUAUGAUGUAAUAUACAAAUUAAAUAAUUGUCCUGUAAAGCAUAGUGAGGAUUGGUACGAUUGUAUGUUGCAAGCAGUACAACAUUCUGCUCCUGGCUAUUGUGUUAAACAGUCAUUUGUUCAGGAUUAUGAUGAGUCAGUGCCAGCUAAACAAAAAACGAACGGUGCUGUGAAUUGCUGUACAACUGACAGUGAAAUAAAUGGCAAUCUGUGUUUUGAAUAUAUUGAAGGACCACAAACUGCUCCUCUUCACUUACCUCCGCAUUCUUGCCUUUCAGUAAGGGCAAUGCUUAAUCAGUCACAAAAUUUCUGUCAAGCUAGUCACGAGUGUUUAUCUCAUGAUACUCAUUGUAUGAAACCUUCUUUAGACAAUAUCACAAAAAUUAUACACAUAAAGAGAAAAAUGGGCAAGGAUGUAUUAUUCUUGGGUCAUCCAGCAGACAUUUAUAGGACUGUUGACGUAUCGGAUUGGGUGCCAAAAUAUUCUUUCUUGUAUCCUGAAUUACCCGAGUCCUUUGCGCUACUUUGUAAAUAUAUUACAGUAUUUUCAGCAGGGUUGGCAAUCAUUAAUAUUGUACCUUGCUUCUUUCUGGAUGGUCAAUAUAUUCUGAAUAUAGUCGUGCUUUAUUUAUUGAACUCCAUGCCACAUAAUAGAAAUAUCAGAGAAAGCACAGUACUUACAAUAACAAGUAUAGGUACAUUACUUUUUAUAACGAACUUAAUGUAUUUACUUAUUAAUAAAUUAUUGUAA